UGACCUCUCGCGACCAUCCAGUCUUUGGCCGAUUAUCCGAUGACGCGCAUCGAACUCUCAUCGGUUACACUUUGCGGAAACACAUUUCUCGUGGAGUGUCCUUUUUCUACAAUAUACGUAUGAUCUCGCUGUGCUGCGGCGAGCACAAGUUCUAAUGAGGGACACCAGAGUUAUGGCUCGCAAGAGCACGAUCAGUCGCAUGGUGAAAUGCUUGCUAGUUUUGUAUGGUAUUUGGCCGGACGCAUCGUGCAUCACAUGCUGCAAAGUGUUCUGGAGCAUUUCGUUAGCGGUUGUUCUAAUUUCUCUCUACCGAUAUUUAUGUGCACAUUUUUAUUCCAGUGAUAUAUUCGACUUGAUGGACUGCCUUAGCACCUUUGUAGGAUAUUUAAAAUUGUUUAUCAAGGUCGUUAUCUUCUGGUGGAAUCAACAGAUAUUCAAUCAAAUUUUAAGAACAAUGGAGGAAGACUGGAAGGAUUGUGCGAACAAUGAUAUCGAAAUGCGCAAAGUAAUCAGCAAAGCAAAGAUAUCGCGUUACGUUAGCAACGCGAUCAUCACUCUGCAUACAGUAGCAGUGCUCUUUUACGGCAUUAGUAUCAUCUUAACUAAUGUCGACAUUACUGAUCGCACGAUCGAGAUACCGCACAUAAUGCGAAUGGAAUUUCCAUUUAAUAUAAAGACACAGAGUACGUACAAAUUCGUAUUAAUAAUGGAACUGAUACAGCUUAUUAUGAGUAGCUGGGGAAUGGGAAUGAUAAAUGCUUUGCUUAUAACAUUGACCCUACACAUAGGCGGUCAAAUAGAUAUAUUACGUUGCUGGUUGACGGAACUGGAGUUUGUUGAGAUUGCUGAUAAACGCAGAAGCAACAUGAUAAAAAGGAUUAUUCAGAAACAUCAGAAAAUUAUCUAUUUCACAGAAAAUAUAGAGACUCUUUACACAUUUAUCGCAUUGCUGCAGUUCGUGUCAAACGUGAUGAUGAUUUGCAUAUUAGGAUUUUUAAUUAUAACAGCGCUCGAUAAUCCCAAUGCAACGGAAAAGAUAAUGAGAUCACUUUCGUAUUACAGCGUGACAAAUCUAGAAGCGUUUAUAUUCUGCUACGCUGGAGAGUAUUUGAUCAACAAGAGCAAAGCGAUCGGAUACGCAGCGUACGAUUCCGCCUGGUAUGACAUGGAGCCAAAGCACAGACGUAUUCUGUUGCUUAUUAUUUUGAGAUCGCAGAAGCAAUUAACACUGACGAUUGGAAAGCUGAUGGAUCUCUCGUUGCAGCGCUUCACAAGUAUUAUGAAUUCCGCGGGUUCGUACAUCUCAGUAUUAAUGGCGAUGCAAUAAAAAGCAACGCAACGAAAGUAUUUCUCCCAUCGUUUUCCUAUCAAUAGUCUGGAAGUACGUAUCCGGAAUAAACACGUCAUAAUGUGUAAAAAACACUAAUUUGUAAACGACACGUAUAAUGUAACAUCUCCUCCAAAAUAGUAUAAAGAAAUUAAAUUAGUCGUAAAAUAAUUU